CAAGCUGAAGUCAAGGGGGGGUGAGGCAGAGUUUAGGAGCACCCAAACCCCUCUCUGCUCACAAUCUGCCACGGCAUAUAGAACAUGGACGACUGGUUAAAUACGAAGAGGAUCGCUCUCAAACCGUGGUUUUAAGAGGCAAUGGACUGUGGUGGAAAAAGAAAUUAAAUUUUUAGAAGUUGCCUACCUCUAGCCUAUCUAUUAGCAACUUGCUAGUUAGCUAUUUUCUUUCGUUUCAGGAUCAGACUCUGUAUGGUCGCUAUCUACGGAACAUUGGGACUAUUUUAACCUUACACUGUUAUCCUGGAAAUACAUGUGUAAGGUUACUAGCCCAGGGUGUGUUGGAUAUUUUUCCGGAAAGCUUAGUAGCAGGGUUUGGCAACUGGGAUCUGGUGUCCAGCUAUUGUGGAAUUUCAUCCUGGUUUGCUAGCCUGCUGGAGAGCCAUUUAGCCAGUUCUAAGCGGGGUUGUUAAAGAAAGCUUAAGCGAACAUUAAGCUAGCGUUAUUUAACCAGUAUGGUUGCAAGUUAGUCACUCGGUGCCGCUUUGUUGUUUACUGGGAAUUCACAAACUGGUUAGGCGACCAGUCAGCGUUUCACUUGAGACACUGGGAACGUAAGCUUUCAAAGUAUUAAGGAAAGCUGUCUUCCCAGCUAGGAGUGCAGCUAGCUAACGUCAACACUGUUGGGUGGCUGAAGUGAGGUUUGCUAAACCAGCUAAAUACUUCUACAAUUAAGAAGUGCCAUGCGAGCGCAGUUUAAAUCGAUAAAAUUACAGAAUUUCUAGAAGUCAGACUAGAUCUUUAGAGCAUAGCUGUCCUGUCAUAGUUACCAAAGAUGUAAUGUAUCUAAGGGUAUCAUGAACACUUUCCUGUGCGGCUGGCUUAGUUGAGCCAUCUAGAUAAGUCAUCAUCAACGUGGCUUGACGACUCAUUUUUAAGCUGCUGUCUGUGGUAUUUCUUAGGAUUAUUUUGUCACUUGAUUAAGUACGAUACCACCUACAGUGAUUUGAAUCAUGUCGGGGGAAGUUCGUUUGAAAAAACUCGAGAAAUUGUUCCUGGAUGGCCCAGUCCAAUCCAAUGGGCAAUGUUUCAGUGUGGAAACACUCCUGGAUAUUCUUAUAUGCCUAUACGACGAGUGCAACAACUCUCCUCUCAGAAGAGAGAAGAAUGUCGCGGAGUUUUUGGAGUGGGCCAAGCCGUUCACCUCUAAAGUGAAGCAGAUGCGACUACACAAGGAGGACUUUGAGAUCUUGAAAGUGAUUGGCCGAGGAGCGUUUGGGGAGGUUGCGGUGGUGAAAGUGAGGAAUUCAGACAAGGUGUUUGCCAUGAAGAUCCUCAACAAGUGGGAAAUGCUGAAGAGAGCUGAGACGGCUUGUUUCCGGGAAGAGCGGGAUGUGCUAGUGAAUGGGGACAGUCAGUGGAUCACCACCCUCCAUUACGCCUUCCAGGACGACAACUUCUUGUAUCUGGUGAUGGAUUACUACGUAGGUGGUGACCUCCUGACCCUGCUCAGUAAAUUUGAAGACCGUUUACCAGAGGACAUGGCCCGGUUUUACCUGGCUGAGAUGGUGGUGGCCAUCGACUCCGUACACCAGCUGCACUACGUCCACAGAGACAUCAAACCGGACAACAUUCUAAUGGAUAUGAAUGGCCACAUUCGCCUGGCUGACUUUGGCUCCUGCCUCAAACUCAUGGAGGAUGGAACGGUCCAGUCCUCAGUGGCUGUUGGCACGCCAGACUACAUCUCCCCUGAGAUCCUGCAGGCGAUGGAGGAUGGGAAGGGCAAGUACGGCCCAGAGUGUGACUGGUGGUCCCUGGGCGUCUGUAUGUACGAGAUGCUGUAUGGAGAAACCCCCUUCUACGCUGAGUCCUUAGUAGAGACCUACGGCAAGAUCAUGAACCAUAAGGAGAGAUUUCAGUUCCCUGCCCAGGUGACCGACGUGUCGGAGAACGCGAAGGACCUCAUCCGUCGACUCAUCUGCAGCCGGGAGCACCGUCUGGGCCAGAACGGCAUCGAAGACUUCAAACAGCACCCGUUCUUCUCCGGCAUCGACUGGGACAACAUCCGCAACUGUGACGCGCCGUACAUCCCUGAAGUCAGCAGCCCGUCAGACACGUCCAACUUUGACGUGGAAGACGACUGCCUCAAGAACACGGAAACAAUGCCUCCUCCUUCCCAUACUGCAUUCUCAGGACACCACCUCCCAUUCCUGGGUUUUACCUACACCAGCAAGUGCUCCCUGUCGGACCGCGGCUGUCUGCGCGAAUCUGCGGGGCCUGCGCAGAUGGACGUUUGUGUGCAGCGCAGCCUGGAGGAGAGUUUAGCCACAGAGGCGUACGAACGCCGCAUUCGACGUCUGGAACAGGAGAAACUGGAGCUCAGCCGUAAACUCCAAGAAUCUACCAAGACCGUCCAGGCCCUGCAGUACUCCUCUACAGAUGGACAGACUCCUCUGAACAGAGAGGGAGAGAUCAGAGGACUAAAGGAGGAGAUCGAGAGUUUGAGGAAACAGAUUGCGGAUUCAGGACAGCUGGAGCAGCAGUUGGAGCAGGCCAGUGCUGCUCGGAGGGAUCUGGAGGACUCUUCCAAGCACAUCAGAUCUCUUGAGAAACAGAUCAAGAGCAUGACUCAGGAGAGAGAUGACUUGCAGAGGGAACUGCUGGAGUCGGCGGAGAGGCUGAAAGCUCAGGGAAAAGAGCUGAAGGAGGCAGACAGCCAGAGAAAGUUGGCCAUGCAAGAAUUCUCAGAGAUGAGUGAGAAAGUGACGGAGCUGCGCUCCCACAAACAACGCCUGUCCCGCCAGCUCCGUGACAAAGAAGAGGAGAUGGAGGCCUUGACGCAGAAAGUGGAGGCCCUCCGUCUAGAAGUGCGCAAAGCAGAGAGAGCCAAGAAAGAGAUGGAGGCCCAGGCAGAGGAGAACGCAGCGGAGGCCCAGAAGGAGAAGAAGCUUCGGGAGCGCAGUGAGCAGUACAGUCAUCAGCUUGAGGAGGAACUAGAGGGAAUGAAGCAGAAGCACGUGGGUCGGGCCCCGGGUCCAGGGCCGUCCGAGCAGAACCAGGAGCUGAGCAAACUCCGCGCUGAAUUUGAGAAGAAGACGGUGUUCUUUGAGGAGGAGCUGUCGCGCAGAGACCUCCAACACGCCAACGAGUUGAAAAACCUUAAGAAGGAGCUCCGAGACGCUGAGGGCCAACAGCUGACACUGAAGAAGGAGAUCAUGGUGCUCAAGGACAAGCUUGACAAAACCCGCAGAGAGAGUCAAACUGAGAGGGAGGAGUUAGAGACUGAAUACAAGCAGAAGUAUGAGAGGGAGAGAGUUCUGCUGACAGAGGAGAACAAGAAACUCUCUGCUGAGUUAGACAAGAUGACAUCCAUGUUUGAGAAGCUGAGCUCCAGUAAUAAACAACUGGAGGAAGAGAUGAAGGAGUUGGCAGAUAAGAAAGAGAGUGUUGCCCACUGGGAAGCUCAGAUCACUGAGAUCAUUCAGUGGGUGAGCGAUGAGAAGGAUGCACGCGGCUACCUGCAGGCCCUAGCCACCAAGAUGACCGAGGAACUGGAGGGCCUGAGAAACACCAGCCUCGGGGCACGUGGAACCGACAUGCCGUGGAAGAUGCGCCGCUUUGCCAAGCUGGACAUGUCGGCGCGUCUGGAGCUGCAGUCGGCGCUGGAUGCAGAGAUCAGAGCCAAGCAGACCAUCCAGGACGAACUCAACAAAGUCAAGGCCGACAGCAUGGCCAUCGAAUGCAAACUGGAGGAGGCCGAAAAGAAGAAUGAGGAUCUUCAGGUGGAGAUGGAGCGGCUGAAACGGGAAACGGAGGAGCUGCGACAGUCUAAGGGAGUCAAGCAUCAAGACUCCCAGAACUCUUUCUUGGCCUUCCUCAAUGCUCCUACCUCUGCUUUGGAUCAGUUUGAUCGUUCCCCUGCCUGUGGCCCAGCUAGCAAAGGCAGACGUAUCGACUCAGUCGACAACUUCAGUCUGUCCAACACUCCAUCCCGGGAAGAGGACGUCAAAUCCCAGCUCCGAUCUCGCUCCCCUUCGACCGCCAGUGAUGCGGAGCAGCCAGAGGUGGCGGAUCAGCGAAGUGCACAAACGCCAACCAUACGAUCAGGAUACAGCAGCUCUGGUCUUAUAACACCCAAGCCCAAAGCUCACCAGUUUGUGGUAAAGACUUUCACCACUCCUACAAAGUGUAACCAGUGCACGUCUCUGAUGGUGGGGCUCAUUCGACAGGGCUGCACCUGUGAAGUCUGUGAGUUCUCCUGUCACGUGACCUGUGCGGACAAAGCCCCGGCAGUCUGCCCCAUUCCACCUGACCAAACCAAAGGACCACUGGGGGUCGACCCCCAAAAGGGCAUUGGCACAGCUUUUGAGGGACAUGUUAGGGUACCCAAGCCUGCAGGGGUGAAGAAGGGUUGGCAGAGAGCCUUGGCCGUGGUCUGUGAUUUUAAACUCUUCCUCUAUGAUGUGGCUGAGGGUAAGGCCGCCCAGCCUAGCAUCGUGGUCAGCCAGAUUAUAGACAUGAGGGACGAGGAAUUCUCAGUCAGCUCGGUUUUGGCAUCCGACGUGAUUCACGCCAACCGUAAGGACAUUCCCUGCAUCUUCAGGGUGACCGCGUCUCAGCUGUCUACCUCCAGCAGUAAGAAGUGCUCCAUCCUCAUCCUGGCCGACAGUGACCAGGACAGGAACAAGUGGGUGGGCGUCCUGACCGAGCUGCAUCGCCUUCUAAAGAAGAACAAGCUGAAGGAGCGCUUUGUUUAUGUGCCCAAAGAGGCUUACGACAGCACUCUGCCUCUCAUCAAGACCACCCAGUCUGCUGCCAUUAUAGAUCAUGAGCGGAUAGCUCUGGGGAACGAGGAGGGUUUAUAUGUUAUCCACGUCACCAAAGAUGAAAUCAUAAGGGUAGGGGACAACAAGAAGGUCCACAACAUUGAGCUGAUCCCCACCGAGCAGCUGCUAGCCGUCAUCUCCGGCCGGAACCGCCACGUCCGACUCUUCCCCAUGGCCGCGCUGGACGACCGCGAGACGGAUUUCCAAAAGCUGGCCGAGACCAAAGGUUGCCAGGCGUUGACCUCAGGGACGGUGAGACACGGUUCCCUCACCUGCCUGGGCGUGGCCAUGAAACGGCAGGUCAUCUGCUACGAGCUCAACAAGAGCAAGGCGCGUCACCGCAAGCUGCGGGAGUUCCAGGCGCCCGCCAACGUCCAGUGGAUGGCGCUGCUGAGCGAGAAGCUGUACGUCGGCUAUCAGGCCGGUUUCACCCGCUACAGCGUGCACGGGGAGUCCAGCCCCGUCAGCCUCCUCCAUCCCGAGGACCACACCCUGGCUUUCAUCGGCCACUUGAACUUGGACGCUCUCUGCGCGGUGGAGAUCUCCAGCAAAGAGCUGCUGCUGUGUUUCAGUAGUAUCGGCGUUUACGUGGACUGCCAGGGUCGACGCUCGCGGCAGCAGGAGCUGAUGUGGCCUGCCAACCCCAGUGCCUGCUGUUAUAAUGCACCUUACCUGUCCGUGUAUAGUGAAAACGCAGUAGACGUGUUUGAUGUCAACACCAUGGAGUGGAUUCAGACUAUCCCGCUGAAAAAGGUGCGUCCGCUAAACACAGACGGCUCCCUUAACCUGCUGGGACUGGAGACAGUGCGUCUCAUUUACUUCAAAAACAAGACCGCAGAGGGAGAUGAGCUGGUCGUCCCAGAGACGUCUGACAACAGCAGGAAGCAGAUGGUUCGUAGCAUGACCAGCAAACGCCGCUUCUCCUUCAGAGUGCCCGAAGAGGAGAGACUGCAGCAGAGAAGAGAGAUGUUGAGGGAUCCAGAGAUGAGGAAUAAGUUGAUCUCCAACCCAACCAACUUUAACCACGUGGUUCAUAUGGGACCAGGGGACGGCAUUCAGAUCCUCAAAGACCUGCCUAUGAACAUUCGUCCCCAGGAGAGCCGCGGUGUGUUAGGAGGGUCCGUCAGUAUCCCCUCCAUCAGUAAGGCCAGGCCUGAACCGGGCCGCUCCGUAAGUGCCAGCAGCGGACUGGGCACACGCUCUUCCUCUCAGAACGGCAGCGCGCUGAGGAGGGAGCUGUCUAGCGGCAGUUACGGUUCCAGCUCCUCCAAACGGCAAACCAUGACGUCGCCCUCGGAGGGUUCUCUCUCGUCCAGCGGAGGGAUGGACGGAGGGGGCGACGCCCCCAUCUCGCAGUUCGACAGAGAGGACUCGGACUCGCCCCGACAUUCGACAGCCUCCAACAGCUCCAACCUGAGCAGCCCACCCAGCCCUUCCUCUCCACACAAAGCCAAGUGUCAGUCGCUGGAGCGAGGGGAGCACCUCGGCUGGGAGACAUGAGGCCGAAAACCCAGCCCCGUAUCCCACCCACGCCUGCUCUCUGGCUCCUCCGCCGGGCCUCAGGAACACUGGCACUCUCUCCAUUAAACUCAACACAGACAGGUUUGUCAGAGAGAGAGAGAGAGAGAAAACAAGAACUCAGCCCUGAAAAAAAAAACCCAGACCACUUAAGAACUGAUUCUGAACUCUUAAAUCCAGGGCAAGUGUGUCUGUGUAUGUGUGUGAGUGAGUGUGUGUAUG